AGCCGUCACUUACGGUCGGAGCUGUUUGUGCUGGGAGCUGGUGGCGCGGUGCAGGGCUCUUAAGAACGAACGGCUUGGGCGCGGGUAAUCAGCUCCCUUUCCCCCACUUUCUCACUUAUUCUAGGUACUUGGGACUGUCGUAGAGUUUCCAGACCCAGUCGUGGACUGGGCGCCCACUCGUGGACUGUCCCACUCUGCUGCUCUACUGCUCGUGGUGCUCCCGCGCCCAGACUGGUAUCCGGGGACUGUGACUUGCAGGGUCCGCCAUGGAGCCAGAGCAGAUGCUGGAGGGACAAACGCAGGUUGCAGAAAAUCCUCACUCUGAGUACGGUCUCACAGACAACGUUGAGAGAAUAGUAGAAAAUGAGAAGAUUAAUGCAGAAAAGUCAUCAAAGCAGAAGGUAGAUCUCCAGUCUUUGCCAACUCGUGCCUACCUGGAUCAGACAGUUGUGCCUAUCUUAUUACAGGGACUUGCUGUGCUUGCAAAGGAAAGACCACCAAAUCCCAUUGAAUUUCUAGCAUCUUAUCUUUUAAAAAACAAGGCACAGUUUGAAGAUCGAAACUGACUUAAUGGGAAGAACAGAAAAAUUUAGUUGCUACUGUAGAUUUACAUGAUUAAGAGGCAGCUUUAAUUGCCAUGAUUAUUCCCUCUUUUUGGAUGUAUAAGAACCUUCCGGACAACAGAACCUAUUUCUGGAAUUGCAGAAGAUAACAUAUUUCCCUUAUUUUGAUUUAAUCACCAUAAACCAUACCUAUUUAAUGAGUGUAUUCUGUGCAAUUUUUUUCUCAGAUUGUCUUUAACUUUGUUUUUAAAAUGACCUUCAAAAUAAACUGUCAAAACACCA